CCAGGGUUUAGUUACACUUAGCCAGCGAUUAGGAUGUGCUGAAGCCCGGCAGAGGCUCGUUGGGGCCGUGGCGGGAGGAAGAGCCGCCCGAGCUGAAAGGUGUCACUUUCGACACUACCAGCCGGCUUCAGCUUAACAGCCACCGCAAAGAUAUCUAUCUACAAGUACGUAUAAAAGGAGAGAUUGAGCCGCAGCACAGCUCCGAUCUCCUAUCCACCUCGAUCCCACUUGAUCUCUCCUACCCCUAUCAAAUCAUCCAAUAAAUCUCUCAAAAUGAUCUCCGACAACGAUCUCUACCGCCUCGCCCUCUUCCUCGGCACCUGCGCCAUGAUGAUGAUCGUCCUCUACCACUUCCUCGAGGUCAAUGCCCACGACGACGAAGCCGACGAGCAACCUCAGAAGAACACCGGAUCCGCGGACAAGUCUUUGAAUUUGGGGAUUACGAGCGAUGGAGUGCCGUUGGCUGCCGCUGCUGCUGCCGCUGGAGGUUCGAGUUCGUCAGCUAUUGGAGGGGGGAAAGGGAGGUAAUGGGUAUACGGAGUAUGGGGAAUAUAUAUGGACGUGAAGGAGUGGAGUAUGGUAAAAUGAUAUGAGUACGUGGUGGAAUUGGCUGUGAGCAAUUUUUAUGUCCUGGUGUACAAUACAUACGGUACGCCUGUUUGACAUCUAUUCAAUCUCAAUUAAAUGUAUGGUAUCAAGACUCCCCUAGCUACCCAAACGCCAGAUGCUUCUAAUAUCAACAAAUCACGCUUAUCCACGA